AUGGGACGCCCGGCUGCCCACAGGGCCCCCAAGACCUCCUCCAAUGACCCCCCCAAAAAAACCCAGGAGCCUCCCAGGACCCCCCAAGACCCUCCCGGACCCCUGGACCCCUCCAAUGACCCCAAAAAAACCCCCCAGGAUCCCUUGAAGGCCCCCAGGACCCCUCCCAGGACCCCCAAAAUCCCCCCAGGAUCCCUUAAAGGCCCCCAGGACCCCCCCAAAAACCCCAGGAGCCUCCCAGGAUCCCCCAGGACCCUCCCGGACCCCUGGACCCCACCAGACCCCCCAGGACCCUCCCAGACCCCUGGACCCCUCCAAUGACCCCAAAAAACCCCCCCAGGAUCCCUUAAAGGCCCCCAGGACCCCUCCCAGGACCCCCAAAAUCCCCCCCAGGAUCCCUUAAAGGCCCCCAGGACCCCCCCAAAAAUCCCAGGAGCCUCCCAGGACCCCCCAAGACCCUCCCGGACCCCUGGACCCCUCCAAUGA